GGCAACACUGGCCACGUCGCAUGCUGGACUUGUUUAUAAUUGUUAACAAUGCAGUUCCACUUUAAAAUCGCCGAUGCUGAAAGGGAUAAGGAUAAUGUAGCGGCUUCCAGCAAUGUUGGUGCCAAUCCACAUGCUGCCCUGCAACCACAACAGCCGGUGGCGCUGGUGGAGCCCAAGGAUGCACAGCACGAGAUCAGAUUGCAAAAUAUAGUGGCCACUUUCUCAGUGAACUGCGAACUGGACCUCAAGGCCAUAAACUCACGCACCAGGAACUCGGAAUACUCACCCAAACGUUUUCGGGGCGUUAUCAUGCGGAUGCACUCGCCCAGGUGCACAGCGUUGAUUUUUCGGACGGGCAAGAUUAUCUGCACGGGUGCUCGCAACGAAAUCGAGGCAGACAUCGGCUCUCGAAAGUUUGCUCGCAUUCUGCAGAAGCUGGGAUUUCCCGUGAAGUUUAUGGAAUACAAAUUGCAGAACAUUGUGGCCACCGUUGAUCUGCGAUUUCCUAUCCGUCUAGAAAACCUCAACCAGGUGCACGGCCAGUUCAGCUCCUAUGAGCCAGAGAUGUUCCCAGGCCUUAUAUACCGCAUGGUCAAGCCACGCAUCGUUCUCCUGAUCUUUGUAAACGGUAAGGUUGUCUUUACGGGUGCCAAAUCGCGCAAGGACAUCAUGGACUGCCUGGAGGCAAUAUCACCCAUCCUACUCAGCUUCCGAAAGACGUAAAAAGAUCUACUAAUUUUUUUGUUAUCCACUAUACAUUUACUUAGUUAAGUCCACAUUCUUACGAACAAUUAACUUUACAUGUAUAGCUUUUUUUAAGUAAUGGGAAGGAAUUCUAUGAGACCAGGAAAUUCCGUUUUUACAAAUAAUUUAAAAUAAGGUUUAGUUAGUAAUUCAGAUAUUGCAUGUAUACAAAUAAUAAUAACUUCACGCAAAUGAA